AUGUCCGUCCAGGCAAGACGGCUUGCCGUUUUGUGCGCCCAUCUCAAUCCGACCCCCUUCCCUCCGGAUCCUUCCGCUCCGCUUGUUUCGGCUUCGCUCUGUGCCGCUGAUUCCGACACCGAAAACCCCACUCUCCUAAACGAUUGCGUUUUCUGCAAGAUUAUUCGUGGCCAAUCACCAGCUUUGAAGCUUUAUGAAGAUGAUAUGUGCCUAUGCAUACUGGAUACAAGUCCGCUGAGUCAUGGGCACUCCCUCAUUAUCCCAAAAUCUCAUUUUCCUUCACUGGAUGCUACUCCUCCAUCAGUGGUAGCUGCAAUGUGUUCAAAAGUUCCCUUCAUUGGCAAUGCAAUCAUGAAGGCUACUGGCUGCAGUGCAUUCAACCUGUUGGUAAACAAUGGGGCAGCUGCUGGCCAAGUAAUAUAUCAUACACAUAUUCACAUAAUUCCCCGUAAAGCAUACGAUUGUUUAUGGGCUUCUGAGAGUUUGCUAAGACGACGCGUUAAUCUAGAUGAUGAGAAAGUUUCUCAGCUUGCAGCUCGUAUUCAGAAGCAGUUAUCACCAUCUGACACGUGCCAGUAA